UUUCAUUACUUUGCCCCAUGACGGAAAUACCAAUUCUACUUCGAUCGUAUAAUUUUGCACGUAUGACGAAAUGCCUUAUUUCCUGUUAUAAAACAUUUGUUUAAAACAAUGAUCCAUUGUUCAAACCAGUUUGACAAAAACCAAAGUAAUAUCCUGCAUUUUAUACGCAUUCAAAAAAUUCAUUUGGUAUAUGUACAUAUGUGAGUAGAAGAGCUCCAUGAAGACAUCAAUUCGUCCCGAGAUGAAGAUGUUACUUUUUCUUGUGGUGCUGAUUUCUGCCUCCCAAGCCAGUCCAGGAGCAAAGUGCGUGUGUAAAAAGGAUGACGAUGUAUUAAGUGGCAGACAGUGUGGAUCAGAAAUCAACAGAUUGCAAGGCACUCCUCCCGUCAGGAAACGAAGGGAAGUAGCCAUGCCCACGGAAUACGAUGGUGAGGAAUGCCACUUGGAUGUAAUUUACGAGUGCCCAAAUCCACCAGAUGCAACAUCGCCGGCUAAAUAUGCCGAAAAUUGUAUAGCACUCAUUGACAAUCAUUAUUCAUGCUCGGACAAGGAUGGACAUGGAUACUGCCAAUUUCAAUCAUCUCAAGGCUAAAUUUUCCCCUCUAAAAAAUUUCCAUGUUUUGGGCAAACGGAAUAAAUUACAUAAUAAAAUCAACAAAAUUUAAA